AUGAUCAUUGACGGCGAGAAAUGGGCCUGCGAGGCGUGCGUUCGUGGGCAUCGCGUCAGUAAUUGUCAGCACUCAGAUCGGCCUCUCCAACACAUCAACAAGAAAGGCCGUCCCGUCUCACAAUGCCAGCACUGCCGCGCCAUGCGAAAGUCGCGGGCGUCGCAUGUCAAAUGCGACUGCGGCGAGAAGACGCACAAGUGCCAGCAUCUGCAGCAGACGGUGGACGGACACCGAGAAAGCUGCUGCUGUAACCACGGAGGACGAUGCACUUGCUCGCACAAGAAGGAACCCUCGCUCGACACGGUACCCGAGUCAGAAACGGACGAGGAGGAACUUCGCCCCAGCAAGUCCAAGGUCACGAUUCGUCGGCGUCGCACAAACACUGCCAUUUCGGAGCCAGUGCUCAGCUUCGACGAGAACGGCCACCACAAGCCGAUGCACAAGCACAAUAAGGUAUCCCAGAAAUGCGGUCCUUACUCUUUGAGUCGCGGCUCUUCGAUGCACAGCUCGAGUAGCUCGAGUAGUUUAGGCAAUCGAUCGAUGGAUAAUCUUCUGCAUGGCAAAACUAGUGGCAGACUACGAGCCAAGGACACGGCGGCUUUGUCAGAGGAAGAUGUGCAGAGAAGCAAAUCGGAACAGGCCUCGCCUUCGGUGGGAGGCUCCUCAUUCCAGCAACUUAACAGCAAUCUACCACCACUAGAUCUUUCCACCAUCAGCAGUCAAUAUCCUGACUAUCAACCCGGGGGUUACGACUUUGGUGGUCUAUCGGAUUGCGAGCAGCCCAUAUACAGCGCUGGCCUUAGCGCUGUUUCCGUCGACUGGGCUCAAUAUGAUGGGCUAGAGCUCAAUGGCGACAGCUUCGAACCGUCCAGCUUCGGCCAAGCACAGUCCUACACUGGCUUCGAUCUCGGCUCCACUGAGCCCACUCUGACGUCGAACUCGGGCGAUGUAUCGGAAACGGAGGACUUUGUACCUGUCUUCAGCGAGGCGCAGAUGGAAGGCUUUCGCAACAGCGCGGCUACAAACUUCUUGAACAGUUCGCAAACCCAGACGUCUAUGCUUGGCGGCAGCGAUCUCGGCAACGUUGAUUUCGCCCAGUUCAAGGGCACUGCCGCUGCGAAUAAGUUCUUGCCCAAUUUGGGUGGCUUGGAUGAUUUCCCUCUACUCGAGGAGGAUAACUACUGGUCCAUGAACAACAACUUUGCCGAUGGCCUCACCAACUCGCCAGAUCCUAUCGCCUCAGCGUUUUGGGAUACGCAAUAG